CACUUUUUGUCCUAAACUCCAUCGAUCUCUGAAUCUGCUCUGCUCUUCCAUUCUUCCAAUCCUUUCCCCUCUGAUCUCUCAGUAGUCUGCAGAUAAUAACAUCAAACUGCAGCUACCUAGCCAUGGGAAGAUCUCCCUGCUGUGAGAAGGAACACACAAACAAAGGGGCUUGGACCAAGGAAGAAGACGACCGCCUUAUCAGGUAUAUCAAGAAACACGGUGAAGGUUGUUGGAGAACUCUUCCUAAAGCUGCAGGGUUGCUUAGAUGUGGCAAGAGCUGCAGAUUGCGAUGGAUAAACUACCUGAGGCCGGAUCUUAAACGAGGCAACUUCACUGAAGAAGAAGAUGAACUCAUCAUUAACCUCCACAGCUUGCUGGGAAAUAAAUGGUCACUAAUCGCCGCUCGUUUGCCGGGAAGAACCGAUAACGAGAUCAAGAAUUACUGGAACACCCACAUCAAAAGGAAGCUCCUCAGCCGCGGGAUCGAUCCCCAAACUCACCGUCCGCUCACCACCUCCGCCGCCGGCGCCGCCGCGGUUAUCACUCCCGCCACCCCAACUCCACAACAGCCCUCCCCAACCACCAGCAGCGGCGGCCUAUCAUCGUCGGAAGAAACCGCGUAUCUAAACCUGGAGCUCUCCAUCAGCCUUCCCACCCCGGCUGACGAGGAACAUUCGAAUUCCGGAUCGUCGCACGCGGUCUGUCUGUGCCAGAAAUUAGGGUUUCAGAGUGGCAAUGCAUGUAACUGUUCAAAAAUGGCGGCGAGUAUAAACUACGCUGCCCGGGACGGAAUGCAAACAUUGUUCACACCCUUGAGUUUAUGAUAAAUUAUACUCCCUCCGUCCCGUCCUGAAUUGGAUCUCUCAUUUGCUUUUUGCACGCUUUUUAAGAAAGUAAAGUAAAUGUGAUGUGCUUUUCAA